GUACUGUAGAUGUAGUGCAGAUGGAAAAGUACACUGUGCAGUGCUGUUUCACACAUCUAUGAACAGAAGUGUCAGUUUCAGCAUACUUCUAUGACUUUUGCAAGGGUGCAAUCCAGACAAAAGUUUAUCUACUACAUUCCUAAAGUCUGCUUCAAAGAAACAUGGUAGUAACCUGACACCUUUCCUUACACUUAGUGUAAAAACCCCUGCCCUAAUUUCCUGCAAUACUUAAAAUAUCAAUCAAAGAGUCAUCAGCAACUCGCAUCAGUUCCCACACACGCCUGCUCGUCCAGUGACGUGAGGCUGAAUAACAAUUGUUUGAUGGCAUCGUGACAAGAAGUUGGCCAUGAUGUAUCAGGGAUAGAAAGACAGGCGGCAGCUGCAGGUGGCUUGGCACAGGCCUCGAUCCAAACAUUCCUACUCAUACGCCAUUCAUAGAAUUUGUAUCAGUCAUUACAAGGGCUAACAGGGUCAUGGCUAAAGCCUAUAAUUAGUGCUACCUGCUCCAUAAGUGCUUUUGAACUAUAUGGAAUUUGUCCUAGUUGCAACACUCAAACUUAAAAUGUGCAAAACUUAAAACUUUUACCUUAAAACACAUCUGUAGAACCCUGUCAAAUUGUUCCUCGACGGUUAAACUGGACACCCAGAUUUAAACAUCUAAAUAUUAGAUGUUGCGAAACAUGCAUCAACACUUUCAAAAGUCUUCCAUGUGAGACGGUGAUAUAAAUAGAUGAUUUGUUUGGCUAGAAGUGCUGCUUCCCUUCUCUUUUGGCCACAAUGUACUCAGACUACAGCAGGCCCAGUACAGCUCCAGAUUUACGGACCACAGUCGUACAAUGCGAAUACUUCCCAGGGCAUAGGAACAACAGAUGGGCCAUCACCCCUCCCCCAUCCUUGGCAUUUUAACCAUACAGUAUAAAGCUCAAAGUUUGGGGCUUAGGUUAGUCAUUUGCCAGUGAAGAACAAGCCUGGAAAGAAAACCAAAACAAUCAAAUUGAGUGAAGAACUUGUACUAUUGGAGUCAAUGAUGAAGGCACAAACCCAGGACACCCCAAUAAAACAUCAGCAGCACUUGAAGAGACAAAGAGAUAUUCUGGCUUUCCGAAUGAAGAAGCUGUCAUCAAAACAAUCUGACUUCAAUGUAAGUUGGCGAAUCUUCCAUUAACGUCUAGCAAGACUGCAACUUUAAAAGAGAAGAUUAAGAAAAAAUAUGAUGACAUGAAGAGGGUUUUGGAUGAGGAUUUUAGAAUUACACUAAGCCAGCUGGAUCUUGAGACAGAUGCCAUGGAGAGAACUGUUGAGGACAGCAUUGAGAAGUGCUACCUCCUCACGCAGGAAAUCGAUCAGCAGCUCGCUGAACUAUCGGCACAGAUGGAGAAAGAUCAACAUCAGGUUCAAGAGAAGACGUCAGAAAUGGAAGAAAGGAUAAUAGAGACUCUGAAGAAAACUGACCCAGAGUUAAUACAGAUGGAUGAAUUUAAGAAUGAACAACUGCUCUGCUUAACCAUCAACCUGCUACUGUUCAUACGCUCUCAGGUUCCUGUCACCAAGAAACUCUUCCAAAGCUAUGCCCAAGAAGUUGUUUUGGAUCCUGACUCUGCUCACCCAAAACUUGUUGUUUCCCCUGAGGGCAACACAGUCACUUACACUGAUACCUGGCAGGAAGUUUCUGAAAACCCCUCUCGAUUUGACACCACUCUGAAUGUGAUUAGCCAAAAUGCCUUCACAGAUGUUCGAAACUACUGGGAAGUGCAGGUUUCUGGGAAGACAUACUGGGAACUAGGCCUCACAUACCCUAAAAUCCCCAGGAAGGGCCGAGAGGAGGACUGCUGGUUGGGACGGGGUCCAACAUCCUGGUGCGUUGAGUAUUUCAAUGGCGACUACACAGCCUGGCACAAUGGCGUUCCCCAUGAACUCACCCAUGUAAGUGGGAGAACCUUCCAGCGCAUUGGUAUCUUCUCCAGCUCAGAGGGAGGUUUGAUUUGUUUCUUGGGGGCCGACACUAUGACGCCCUUGUACAGUUUUUGUGCAGGAACCUUCACAGACUUGCUCUACCAGGCUGUCUGUCCUGGCCAUGAAAACCAAGGGACGAACAGGAACCCGCUACUGAUCUGCGAUGCCUCAAAAUCUGCCCCCACCUUGUGAUGGAUAACCAAUGAGCCUUGGGGUCUGGAUUUAUCUAAGUGAAAGAGGUUGUUGUUAAGCAUAGCUUGCAAUAAAUCAAGUUGUUCAGUUUUUUUGGAAUGAUUAGUUGGAAAAUGUCCCUUAGUUUUGUUAUGUUCCUCACAAAGUUGGGUUGAAAAUGGACAAACCCAGCAAUUAGGUUAAAUGUUUGCCCAAUGUGCUGGGCAGUUUUAUUUAAUCCAUCUAUUGUUUAUAUAAUAAUGCAAAGAUGAACAUUUAUUAAUAAACAAUUCAAAAAUGUUUAUUGUUUAAUUAUUAUUCAUUAAACUUAUUAAUAAAUAUUUAUUUAUUAAACAUAUUACAUAUCAAUUUUAAUUUCCAACAUACUUUGGAUUCAUUUUUUAAGCUAGCAAUAUAGUAAUAAUUAUACAAUAGUUCAAUAAAAUAGUUAAAUAAAAUAUACCCAACAGGUUGGGCAAACAUUUAACCCAAUCGCUGGGUUUGUCCAUUUUUAAUGGGUGGUUUUUAACCCAGCAUUUGUUAAAGUGUAUAUCUGACUGAUAUUUCUAGAACUUAUUUGUAUAAAAUAAUCUGUGCCAUUUAAAAAAUCAAA